AUGGAUAUCAGGUUGCUUGUACGUAGAGGAUUACUGGCUCUCGGGAAAGUUCUCAACUUCUUUCCUGUUGGUGGUGAACGAGAGUGUCAGCCCGAAGGCUACAACAUCGCGAAGGCAGGUAUAUGCCUGAACCAGUACGACUGUCGUCAAAGAGACGGCAAGGCGUCUGGUGACUGCGCUAACGGCCUCGGCGUCUGCUGUGUCUUCGAGGUUACGUGCGGCGCUAUAGUCCAGAAUAAUCUGACGUACUUUAUGUCGCCUGAGUUCCCGGAGCUGUGGGGCGGUGAUCAAGAUUGCAAUAUUACCAUAGAAAAGACAUACGCGGGCAUCAUGCAACUGAGAAUUGACUUCAUUCAUUUUACCAUUGGCCAACCAAACAGAUCUACAGGAGAUUGUGAUGAGGAUGCUAUGAUCUUGGGCGAUGGAGACAUAUACUACACACUCUCAACAGCCAGCGAGAAGCGUGAGUCUGACGAAUUGGCUGGCAUAAAGAAUAUAAAGCUGUCCAUGCGCAUGCGCAGCGGUGAUAUGCCACGGCUCUGGCUCAUGCGUCUUGCGCAGAUGCCGCUCGUCAAUACCGCUCCCCAUAACUGCCUGCAAUACUACACGGCUGAUAAUGGCACAAUAAGAACUUUUAACUUCGCCACGAACGGGCGCCAUCUGGCGUCGCAAGACUACAAAGCGUGUAUCAGAAGAAAUAGCGGUAUUUGUUCAAUAAGAUAUACCCCCUGUGAUCGGAGGUCCUUUAGGAUAGGGCCUUCUAGUGGAACACCAUCGGUCAUGGAUCCAGCUGAUAUUCAAGGUGAAGACCAGUUGAUGCCAGUGAACGAAAUGGCGACACAGGAAGAUGAGAUAGAAGGUUCAGGGAAUGAGCCGCAAAUAGAAUCUGUGCAGGCACAAACGGGUAUGGCGUCCAGGAUCUGGACGUAUAUCUGGUCUUGGAUGUGGGGUCAGGCCAGGUCAACCAGCUGGGACAGGUGGUCGCCGUACACACAACACUACGCCAAUGAUGACGACAGGUUCCGGUACUUUGGCUACGGGAACUACGGCAUCGGGCUCAUGGGUUACGGCCGGCAAAGAUGUCAAGACCGGAUCACAAUUCCCUGUGAGAACGAAUAUUUUAUUUCGAGUUCCUCACUAGGAGCUGGAGUCUGUGACCCUAACCACUGCGGCAAUACUUUCUGUCCUGGUCAGCAACAGAUGGAUUGCAAGGUCGAAACCUCCAUCACUCCUUACGCGGUCUCCGUCCGGUUCGGCCCUCCAACUCGCAAGAGAAGUCCAGAAGAAAACAUCGGCGUGUGUCUGAGGUAUCUUCAGCAACCUUGUAAUUAG